CGGACGUAGUGACUGUCCCCCCCAUGAUGACAGGGUUUGGGUGAGGUGGGGGAGAAGCGGAAGGGCUUACAAUUUAUAAGAGCCAAGAUCAGAACUUGAAUACUCAGAAAGACGGAGAUCUUCUCUAGUUGGAAUCCUCAUUCACCCUACGCUUGCUGUGUGAGCAAGACUGCUUUGGGUUGGUACUCUGCUAUCUGAUCAGGCAAGCAGUGAGAUUACAGAGCUGGGUGUAAAAGUUUGUGCAGACAGAAUCUAAGCUUGACUUCUGAAGAACAAAACGAAGGUGGAAUACUGAAGAUGCAGUCCAGCCUGGUUAUAGCCGCUCUUUUCUGUUUGACCACCUGGAUGAGCAUGGUCCAUGCAAUCUAUAGACCUGGAGCAAGCUGUUGUGUCCAGUGGUCCAAAACCAGAGUCCCACUCGAACGAAUUGUGAAUUACACCAUUCAGUCCGAAGAUUCCUGUCGCAUCAAAGCAGUACUGUUACGGACAGUGCGUGGAAAGACAAUUUGUGCCAACCCCGAUGGUGAUUGGACAAAACAAGCAAUUCAGAAGGUGGACAAUGAGUCAAGGGCGCUGCAGGAGAAAAGGCAGAAUGAAGAGGGAUCAGCAAGUGAGAUGACACCAGUGGCAUCCACAGCAUCCACAAAAUCACAAAGCACCCCUCGGAAGAAUGGCAGGAGGGGGAAAGGACAGAAGAGAAAGUACAGGAGAGGGAACAGGAGACAGAGAACGCAUGCUUAAAAAAACACAAGACAAUUUAAUGUUACUACAGUCAGCUCAGCACAGUUUGCUGUGGUUUAUUCAACUUGUCCUGCUUUAUUUCUUCAACAGUAGAUAACAUUUAUAUAAAUAAAUUACAAAAAUAACAUAUCAGCAAUACUUUAUAUACGUAUAUAUAUAUUCCUUGUUAUUCCUUGUUUUCAUAUCAUGUUUACAUAAACAUACAAAAAAUAUGUAUUUAAAGCUUCACUGUCGACUGCCAAUAAAGCACUUUUUGUGAUAUAUUGUUUUUUUUGUUAUAAGCAGUUAAAACACAAUUUAAUCAGCAUUUGUGGAAUAAGUUCUUGUGAACUCCGAUUCAAAUUGUCUUUGCUUGUACCUUUAACGGCACACUAACCACUACCCUGUUUUCUGUGUCAGCCUGAACCUGCUCACUCUCAAUCUACUAUAAUAAA